AUUUUACUUGAGUAGAUCAAAACUACCUCCUUUUGGCCCUUUUUUUAAAAUCAUAUCAAUCCUUGCUUUUUAAAAAAAUCCCUAUCAAUCUUCAAUCCCUAAACGCAGUCCGCAGACCACAGCAAAUCGAUCGACCCUUCAGACCUCCGACUCUGCACGCUUGCACCGCUGCACGACUUCGACGUUACGGCCGCCUCCAGUCUCCACUCCACGCCGCCGUGCCGUCAAAGUCCAGACGACCACCAGUUGCGCCCACCACUCCACGCGUUCACGCCCACUGGCGGACUUGCCCAGCUGAUACUGGAUCAAGAAAAAAAUUGCUGAUUUUCAUCCUACUUUCAAGACGAGGUUCGCAGUAGUUACCUUAAAAACGGGCCGUUUCAACUUCGGGAUCAUGAUUUCCCUUUUAAGGGAUACACAAGGGUAGGGACCCCAUGGUUUUGUAUUAAGUAGAGUUACACAAGGGUAGUGACCCCAUGAUUUUGUUUUCCUGGGUCCGCCACUACGAAGCAACGACCAGUCUUCUUCAACCGCGAGUCUGCACCAGUCACCAGCUUCCGCAGCACCCCUGCGAGCUUGAGACCCACCACCACCUACUGCGCACAGUGCAUUGCCCUGCCGUACGCCUCCCACUGUGACUGGCUGACUGUCGACUGCGUCCAUUGGCUGCACGGCUGCAAGGUGGAAAAACUCUAAUUGCCGUCUUUCUGGCUCACUACUCAGCUAGAAGUCAGAAAUUCAACAUAGGUCAAUGUUGUGUGCUAUAUACCCUCCUACAUGUUGCAAAAUAACCUACCCCAGACAUCUCAUUUUUCAUCCAAGGAAUUUAGCUCAAGUGAGGGUGCGAGCAUCACUGGCUUCACCGCUAGAGCCAAACCAAAUCAAGGUUGAGUACACACCAUGGUUGAUUGUGGGGUUGGGUAACCCUGGUAGCAAAUACCAUGGAACACGUCACAAUGUUGGUUUCGAAAUGAUUGAUCAGAUUUCUCAAGAAGAGGGCAUUUUGUUGAACACACUGCAAUCGAAGGCAUUAAUAGGAAUUGGUUCAAUUGGAGAGGUACCCGUCAUAUUAGCCAAACCUCAGACUUACAUGAAUUUUAGUGGAGAAUCGGUUGGACCACUAGCUACAUUUUAUCAAGUGCCAUUGCGUCAUAUCAUACUGGUUCAUGAUGAGUUGAGUUUACCAAAUGGGGUACUGAGGCUUAAGCCUAAACGUGGUCAUGGCCUUCACAACGGGGUGAAAAGUGUAAUGGAGCAUCUGGAUGGUUGCCAUCAAUUCCCACGACUUUGCAUUGGGAUUGGGAACCCUCCAGGAAAAAUGGAUAUGAAGGCGUUUUUACUCCAGAAAUUUAGUGAAAUGGAACGAGAACAGGUGAACACUGCACUGAGUGAAGGGGUUCAGGCGGUGAGAUUACUGGUGCUGGAAGGAAAUGGCAGCAAAUUAAGCAGAUUUAACGUAGGGCAGAAAUUCAAGUAUCACAAAGUUUGAUGCAUUGUAAUGUGCCUGCUGACCUCAUCUUUGGAGCAAGAAGCCUGAGUUAUUCCAUCAUGGAUUAUGGCUUCAAUUUUGUUAACGUGUCAAACAAAAAUUUGUAUUUAUUUAGAGUUCGUUUGGUAAUAUUGAAAUUGGUUGUAACAGGCUAUCAGCCGAAACUUGUGAAGUUAUGAUUGAAGCUACUGAAUCAGCUGAACUAUAGAGAAAUAAAAUUUAAAAUAUAUUUUGUUAAUAAACUAAAGAAAAGAUUCUACUAAAA